AAUAAUUAAACAGAUUAGACUCACCAGUGGAAAUCUAAAAGCAUGAAUCUAGUUGUGAGCUCUUCGUGUUUGCCCCCCUUUAUUUUCUGUUCUUUAAGUGGAAGAUCAAUCAAAAAUAAUAGAAGAACAGAGACGACGAAACCUGCCGGAGAACUGAGGGGAGAAAAAAACCCGGCGAAAAAGGGAAAUUCGAAUUCGUCUUCUGUUGAUCAUUGCUUCACUUCUGCUUCCAGAGCUUUUACUCAGAAGAAGCUCGCUGAUCUCAAAUCUCUCUUUUUUUCCCUCGCUUCCAAGUCUCAGAGCAAUGACCAAUACGUCUCGUACCCUGUUUUCCAGGAGUAUUUUGGUCUGAGUGGUUCUUUAGGAGAAAGGAUCUUUGAUAUGGUUACUCAACACAGGAAAGAUGAUAAAAUGACUUUUGAAGAUCUUGUUAUUGCUAAGGCAACAUACGAGAAAGGAACUGAUGAUGAGAUUGCUGAGUUUAUUUACCAGACUUUGGAUGUUAAUGGCAAUGGGGUCUUGAGAAGGUCUGAUUUAGAGUCGUUCCUGGUGGUGAUUUUGAAGAGUGUGUUCUCCACUGAGAGUUCUGAUGCGGAAUCAAGUGAUUACAAGGAGAUGGUAGAUGCGCUACUCGAUGCCGCUACUUUCUCAAAAUCUGAUGAUGGUUCUGAAAAAGGAAUGUCUUUUGAAGACUUCAGAAGCUGGUGCCCACUCGUUCCAACUAUCAGAAAGUUCCUCGGCAGCUUGCUUAUUCCCCCGGGUCCAGUGAGACCUGGAUAUCAAGUCCCGGAUCUGCUAUAUGAAGAUAGUGUGAGUUCAGAUAGGCUACUAUUAAAGAAGGAAUACGCUUGGCAUAUUGGAGGAGCUCUUCCUCACCACGAGCUUGUAGAGUGGAAGCUGUUGUAUCGCAGUUCCUUACACGGUCAAAGCUUCAACACAUUCCUCGGACACACAUCGGGGAUGGAGGGAUCGAACAUGGCCUGAUGGAUGGACUGCAGUUACCGCAGAUGGAAAACGCAGCGCUCAGUUUGAGCAUACCCUAUUGGUAACUGAGACUGGUGUUGAGGUUUUAACAGCGAGGCUUCCUUCAUCGCCUGACGUAUACCCUUGGCUUACCAAGUGAUUAAGUGUUUGGUUCCUUUUUGGUUGUGAUUCAUUGGGUUUGAUUCUUAAACUUGGGAAUAAUAGUGUCAUCUUUUUGCCAUUAUAGACCAUUUGAUGUUGUUACCUCAACACCGCCA